AUGAGUGGCCACAAGUUCUUAUGGGUCUUGAGGGCUCCAAGUAUGUCACCUAGUUCAGCUUAUUUAAGUGCAAAAAGGGAGAAUCCAUUUGAGUACUUGCCAAAAGGGUUUCUAGAGAGAAGCAAGGGUCAAGGCUUUGUGGUCCCACCAUGGGCCCCACAAAUUGAAGUUUUGAGACAUGAGUCAACUGGUGGGUUCUUGACACAUUGUGGUUGGAACUCCAUACUUGAGGCUACGGUCUAUGGCAAGCCAAUGAUUGUGUGGCCACCAUUUGCAGAGCAGAGAAUGAAUGCAGUUAUGUUAGUUGAGCAGCUUAAGGUUGCAGUGAGGCCAAAAGUUGAUGAGAAUUAUAAGAAUGGGAUUGUAGUGAGAGAGGAAGUUUCGAGGGUUGUGAGGAUUGUAAUGGAAGGUGAGGCAGGUAGAGAACUUCAAACAAGAAUUCGAGUGCUUAAAGAAACUGCUGCUAAAGCCAUUAGUGAAGAAGGAACUUCUACGAGGAUGCUUUCUAACUUAGCGUAUGAAUGA